UCUCAUCUUCAUUUGAAUCAAUUUUAUUAUUUUAGUUUAGGUAUAGUUACUUAGAAGUGUGGUAGCACUAUGAAGAUUUUUAUACCAUUAUGUGCACUAUUGGCGUUAGCCACAAGUGAACCACCUGUACCAAACAAUCAAUAUUUACCACCGGGACAAUCAGGAUCAAUACCUUCAUCUUCAUAUGUAGUACCAGAAAGAAAUAGUGGAUUAGGAUCAAAUUUUGGCGCACCAAGUCAAUCAUACGGUGUUCCAGGUGUAAAUAGUGGGGCUCCAAGUCAAUCAUAUGGUGUUCCCGGUGUUAACAGUGGUGCUCCAAGUCAAUCUUACGGUGCACCUGGUGCUAAUAGUGGUGUACCUAGCCAAUCUUACGGUGUUCCAGGUGCAAAUGGCGGUGCUCCAAGUGAAUCUUAUGGUGUUCCAGGAGUAAACAGUGGUGUGCCAAGUUCUUCUUAUGGUGUUCCAGGUGUAAAUAGUGGUGUUCCAAGUCAAUCCUAUGGUGUACCAUCAUCACGUGGAAAUGGACGAUUUGGUGGACGAUUGGGAAGCAAUGGUAAUGGAUUGGGUAAACGUCCAUCUUCAUCUUUAGGUGGUGCAAGGCGGCCAUCCACACAAUAUGGAGCUCCUGGAAAUGGAAUAACUGAUGCAGUUAUUCGUCCAAGCACAGAAUAUGGAGCACCUGGUUUUAACAGCCAACAACCAAACAAUGAGUAUCUUCCUCCGAGUUCAAAUGAUUUAGGGUUAGGAGGAAAUGGUGGUUAUGACUACAGUCGUGGUGGUAAUGGAAAUGGAUACGAUGAAGGUCCAUCAGAGCCAGCCAACUAUGAAUUUGAAUAUAUGGUAAAUGAUCCACCAUCAGGAAAUGAUUUUGGUCAUAAAGAAUCUCGUCAAGGGGACUUUACUCAAGGUCGAUACUAUGUAUUACUUCCUGACGGACGUACACAAAUUGUAGAGUAUGAAGCAGAUCAAGGAGGUUACAGACCCACCAUCCGUUAUGAAGGUGAAGCCAAUACCAAUGGUAAUGGAAAUGGUAAUGGAUAUGGUCGUGGACCAGCAGGACAAAAUGGUGGAUACAGUUCAAACGGUGGAUAUGCUUCAAAUGGAGGAUACAGAAGAUACUCAUUGUUUGGUUGUUGGCUGUUAAAACCAGGUGCUCCAUAUUCUGUGCUUGGACGAAUAACUGCAUCAGUUAUUCCAUUUCCAGGAGCUCCAUAUUGUGUGGAUGGCCGCCUUGCACCACCUAAAGAUGAAGAUGGACGUUUACCCAAUCCAUUACCAUUGCUUCCCAAUCGUCCACCAAAUCGUCCAUUUCCACGUGAUGAUGGUAUUAUUUUUAUACCAUUAUGUGCACUAUUGGCGUUAGCCACAAGUGAACCACCUGUACCAAACAAUCAAUAUUUACCACCGGGACAAUCAGGAUCAAUACCUUCAUCUUCAUAUGGAGUACCAGGAAGAAAUAGUGGUUUAGGAUCAAAUUUUGGUGCUCCAAGUCAAUCAUAUGGUGUUCCAGGUGUAAAUAGUGGGGCUCCAAGUCAAUCAUACGGCGUUCCAGGUGUAAACAAUGGUGCUCCAAGUCAAUCAUACGGUGCACCAGGUGCUAAUAGUGGUGUUCCAAGCCAAUCUUAUGGUGUUCCAGGUGUAAAUAGUCGUGUCCCAAGUCAAUCUUAUGGUGUACCAUCAUCACGUGGAAAUGGACGCUUUGGUGGACGAUUGGGAAGCAAUGGUAAUGGAUUGGGUAAACGUCCAUCUUCAUCUUUCGGUGGUGCACGACGACCAUCUUCAACAUAUGGAGCUCCUGGAAAUGGAAUAACUGCUGCAGUGAUUCGCCCAAGCACAGAAUAUGGAGCACCAGGUUUCAAUAACCAACAACCAAACAAUGCCUACUUACCACCAAAUGGUAAUGGACUUGGAAAUGGCGGUUACAAUUAUGGACGAGGUGGAAACGGCUAUGAUGAUGGUCCAUCUGAACCAGCCAACUACGAAUUUGAAUAUAUGGUAAAUGACCCACCAUCAGGUAAUGAUUUUGGCCAUAAAGAAGCUCGUCAAGGUGACUUUACUCAAGGUCGAUACUAUGUAUUACUUCCUGACGGUCGUACACAAAUUGUAGACUAUGAAGCCGAUCAAGAUGGCUAUAGACCUACCAUCCGUUAUGAAGGCGAAGCCAAUACCAAUGGUAAUGGUAAUGGAUAUGGUCGUGGCCCAGCAGGACAAAAUGGUGGAUAUAGUUCGAAUGGUCAAUAUGCUUCAAAUGGAGGAUACAAUUAUUAAUGAUAUAUUUUUAAUAUGUGAUAG